ACUAAGUUCAAUCCUCUCACCACGUACACUGUAUUGUAUAUAUAUAUAUAUACCCUGUUGUUCCAUCAAGAUGCUGUGCAAACCAUCUUUGAAGUCUUUGACGAUUGUCAUGGCUAAUUUUCUGGCAAUGUUUUUGGUCAUGGAAAUGAUACUAGUGAGCGGUUUCCGUUCGGGAGCAAGUGGCUUGAACAUGAACUACUACUUGUUGAGCUGUCCUUUUGCUGAACCUAUUGUUAAGAACAUAGUCAACAGAGCUCUGCAGGAUGAUCCUACCCUUGCAGCAGGUCUUGUUAGAAUGCAUUUCCAUGACUGUUUCAUAGAGGGAUGUGAUGGUUCAGUUCUGAUCGACUCCACUAAGGACAACACAGCAGAAAAGGAUUCACCAGCAAAUUUGAGUUUGAGAGGCUAUGAAAUCAUAGAUGAAAUCAAGGAAGAGCUUGAAACACAAUGCCCAGGAGUGGUUUCAUGCGCUGAUAUUCUUGCUAUGGCUGCUAGAGAUGCAGUUUUCUUUGCAGGGGGUCCUGUAUAUGACAUACCAAAAGGAAGGAGGGAUGGAACAAGGUCCAAAAUUGAGGAUACUAUCAAUCUGCCUUCUCCCAUUUUCAAUGCUUCUGAGCUCAUCAAGAUGUUCGGACAACAUGGGUUUUCUGCAAGAGACAUGGUGGCUCUCUCAGGAGCUCACACAUUAGGAGUGGCAAGGUGUUCUUCGUUCAAGAACAGGCUGAGGCCAGUGGAUCCAUCUCUGGACUCGGAAUUCGCAAAGACACUCUCCAAGACAUGCAGUGGUGGCGACAGUGCCGAGCAACCCUUGGACGCCACGAGGAACGAUUUCGACAACAUGUACUUCAACGCUUUGCUCUCCAAAAACGGCCUUCUAACCUCCGACCAAACCUUGUACACUAGCCCACAAACCAGGAACAUUGUCAACUCUUAUGCCAUGAACCAGGCCUUGUUUUUCUUGGAUUUUCAGCAGGGGAUGCUCAAGAUGAGCAUGCUCGAUGUCAAACAAGGCUCCAAGGGGGAAGUACGGACAAAUUGUCGUAAAAUAAACUGAAUUGUAUUAUUCAUGUCAAUUAUCAAGUCGGAAGGAACAAGGAUUUGUUGUUCAGCACACACUAUGAAUUAUGAAUAAUGUCUAUGGUUUACUCUCUA